AUGCCAAGGAAGCGGCGAUUGUACCAACUAACAAGGAUCACCGAGUUGGACACUACUCCAACCCGGUGUCCCGGCUCACCUGCCUUAUCAACUCAGCCCCCUGAUGGAGACAACGAAUCCUCACGCAGGGAGGAUAUCACAGAGACGGGAGAUGUAGAGGACUUUGACGACGGAAUAGACGACAGAGAUUUGUUUCAAUUUGCCGAGACUCGAAAAGCUUCCUCUUCGCCUAACAAUAGGAAUUUUCCGUGGUCCGAAACCAGUUCGGCUAUUCGUAGAAGCUCAUCUCCAUCUUCUUGUGGGCAGUCAAAGGAGAUUUUUGGCUACUCGGCAGCUGAUACUGCGCUUUCGAAUUCAACUCCUCAACCUGAGUGUUUGCCAUCACCUCAAGUUAGAAUCGAUCAACGGGCAGUGCUCGAGCAUCAGGAGCAGCUACCACCAUUCAUUGAUUUUUCAGAAACUGCCACCACUAUUUACCAGAGUUCGCCCUCAGCGACCAGUCGCAUUUCGAAAAAACAAGGUCACUCCCAACGUUUCGAUCAUCACUCUGCAGAAACAGAGAAUGAACAAGACGAAGCCAAAGGUCAAGAAAUAGACCUGGGCGAGGCUGCAUUACUGCAAACUCUGCCCGAAUCUGCGAAUCGCGCGAAGUUGCCCGCCAAUCCUGCACUUUUCCUAGAUUCCAGUAAAGAAUUGCAGGAGGUAGGCGGCGUCGGGCUUGUUGGCUCUCAAAUUGACUCCGGCAUUGCCCAUGUCGACUACUCCCCAUUGACACAGUUUGUUUCUCUCGAUGGUGCUUCUGAUCACCUGGACGGCAACGAUACGGAAAAUCCAGGCGAGAGCGUAUACAAGACUUCCAAACUCAAGAUAAAGCGAAAGCAGCGCUCGAAGACGCCACUGCAAUUCGACGAAGAGACUCAUCAAGUUAAACUAGUGCCUCAGAAGACUGUCCAAAAGAGUCACAAGCAAGGGGCAAAGUCCAACAUUAGCACUAACACAGCUUCGCGUGAUAAGCUUCAAGCCGAGCCGAGAAAAUCUAAUAAUUCAAAUUUCGAGGUGGAGGAAAACAGCCUUCCUCUCAAACAAGCCUAUCCUGCCAUGGCUGAUAAUUACUCAACAGAGCUGCAAGAUGUACAAACAUGCCUCAAUACCGUCCCAAACACUUCUAGUCCCAAAGGUUACGAAGAUGACAGGAUGGAUCAUGAUUUGGAGUGCCAAGGAAAAGAGGGGGAGCAAGAAACUCGGCCUUGCAUAGUACUUGAAACCCCAAGAAUUUCAACCGGGAUGGUUACGCAACAGACAGUCCAGAUAAGCGAUUCCCAAAAAAUCGGGGGCCAGAAUGGUUUCGUGGACCAGGACCCACAUGGUGAUCCUGAGCGCGAGAAGCUGCUGAAUGGUGUUCAAGUGGGGAACGAAUGCGUUCAGUCUGAGGUCAAGGAAGACACAGAUGCCACAAGUAAAUGCCUGACUGCCUCACCUCAUAAAGACGAUGAUUGCUUUCGCCCAGAACGUCCCGCAUUCGGUACUGAUUGCAGACAGGGGGACGAAGAACCUUUAGCGGUGCAGGCUAAUACCAGCUAUGACAGGAGCUAUUCGGCUGUCAAACGUUCUUCUCAGAGCUUCCAUGUCAAUGAAAGAGGGAGCCCAACGGUAAUACCACGACAAAAUCGUGAAAUUCGCACCCCCGGAGCUGGCGAAGGGCCCAGACUUCUAAGGAUGAAGCAGCAGCAGCAGCUUCCCUCCAUUCAUCCCGCAUUAUACGGAUGCCAAAGCUCGAGAUGCAAAAGUCCCGCCGGAAAUGGGGCCAGCAAUGAAGAGUCGGAACAGACGAAAUUUGUCCAGGAAGGUGAAAUAAGACGUUUGGACGACGAGCCAGUCAUGGUGCCCAUCCACCGACAAAAUGCGGCCCAUUUUUUCUUAUCCGAAGUGAGAAGAGAUUCCAAAAAGCGUCGAGUGACCAACGGUCAAUUCAAUCCGGAUGCUCUCACCCCUUCUGAAAGAGGUCGUCAGCAGGUCCAAGGACUUCUCAAUGUUGCAAUGGACCAUUUUGAGGCAAAGGGAAUAUCUGUCGUAAAAGUUGCCGAUACUUAUACCGCUGUUGGAAAGCGCUGCGUCGACAAAAUACAGUCGCGAUAUAUCAAAGAGCGCCACGCUAUGGUUGACGUGGCAAGGGAACACACCCAGAAGUUUCAGAAAACCGUUUCUGAUAGCAUUCAGCUCAUUGGGAAAAGAAGCGAACAAAGACGUCGCUCACUCACAGACUGGCGGCAUUCAAUUUCACGAAGGAAGACGUCGUACUUGCAAGCCAUUUCGGCGAUGAAAGACGCGCAUAAAGAGUUUGUUACACUGGGCGAGGGUGAGCAGAAGUAG